UUGACAAGGAGACUCCCGAAUCCUCCUCUUCUGCUUUCACAGCCACAGAGGAAACAGCAUCCACGUUUCUUCGCUUCUUAAGUCCGGAUAGCUUACCUCUUCGGGUGACUACUGUCUUGUUUUGUGAGAAAUAAGGAGAGGUCAUCCUGAAACGCAACACUACAUUAAGCAUCACAGUAGCAUAGCCACUCGGAAUCAUAAGUCCUUGUCGUGUUUGCAGGAGGACGAUAAAAGAAGGGACACCCAGUUCCACCAAGUUUAAAUAAAUACAAUUUAUUUAUAUGAUAAACCACAUUAAGUUCACAUUUAUUUAGGUGUGGAUAUAUUUCACAGGUAAUUUAGUCUUCAAAAAAAUAAACUGAAAUUCAUUUUUAGCUUGCGUUAAACUACAUUCCCCAUAAGUAAGCACUGCUCACAUGUUUCUGCCGGAAGUCCUCCUGUCAGACUUUCAGCUCGUCAUCCGGUCUGGGAGCGGAGGUCUGUUCUUGCAACACAAUAAACCUCCUGCAGUGUGUAUAUUUAGGCUUAUGUCAGUGCACAAACGUGGGUAGCUCUCGUCGUUGCCACCGAAUGAAAUCUACAAGGAUACAACUCUAACAAGCUUUCCAUUCUCACAUACAUACUCAGCUGCCAAAGGCUUGGACAUGAAUAAACAACCAAGCAAGGAGAGUCUGAAGGACAAGGUGAAGGGGAUCUUUGGACUGGGACCCCCACGUCCUCCUAGCAAACAGAGUGAUCACAAGCCAUCUGAGUUUAUCAUUACAACUGAUAUCAUCAAGGAGCUCCACCCUGAGUGCGGCCUACAUAACCGUAUUCGCACAAUGAAUCAUGUUUGUGAUCUUGCCAAAACCAAACGAUUUGAGGAGCAUGCAGUAGAAGCAGUGUGGAAAGCUGUGGAGGACAUGUUGUCACAAGAACAGCCACCAGAAGCCAGACAUGCUGUCCUGCAGCUCCUCAGGGCCAUUAUACAGGGACAGGGUGAGCGACUCGGGCCCCUGAGAGCGUACUUUUUUCGGGUGAUCAGAGACUAUCAACCCUGCAAUGAAGACCUAUCUGAUAGACUGGAAGUCUUCAAGGCUUUAACUGAGAAUGGGAAGGACAUCACAUACCUUGAGGAGGAUAUAGCUCGCUUUGUCCUAUUAUGGAUGGACAUUGGGCUCACUUCUGACUUUCUUCACGUUCUGGUCAAUCUGGUGAAAUUCAACAGCUGCUACUUGGACCAAAAUGUGUCCGUCAUGGUCCAGAAAAUUUGUCUUCUGUGCAACAGAACAACGUCUUCAACAGAUAUAGAGGUGGCUCUUCAAGUCCUCGACGCGGUGGUGUGUUACAACUGUCUACCCUCAGACUCUCUCACCGUCUUCAUCAUCACACUAUGUCGCACGGUCAACGUCAAAGAGUUUUGUGAAUCCUGCUGGAAGUUGAUGAGAAAAGUGCUGGGAACUCAUCUUGGCCACAGCGCUAUUUACACAAUGUGCCGCAUAAUGGAGGAGAGGGUGUACAUGGAAGAUGCACCGUUGUUGAGAGGAGCUGUGUUCUUUGUUGGAAUGGCGCUGUGGGGAGCACACAGGCUCCCUGCACUCAAAAACACCCCCACACUGGUUCUGCCAUCUUUUUACAAGGCCAUGUCAUGUGCCAACGAGGUGGUAUCCUAUGAAAUCGUCCUCUCCAUCACUCGACUGAUCAAGAAGUACGGCAAAGAGCUUCAAGUCGUUACUUGGGACAUCCUGCUGGGCAUCAUAGAGCGGCUGCUGCAACAGAUCCAGGCAAUAGGCAGCGCGGAGUUGAAAACCAUAGUCUAUGAGCUGUUGACAACAGUAGAAGAGCUGUAUGAGCAGAAUGGUUACCAUGGUUCCACAGAGAAGUUCUUCAGUCUGGUGGAGAAGUGUGCUGAUAAAAGACCUGAUGCAUCGGUGCUGACGCUCAUCUCAUACAGGGCUCAGUCCAUCCAGCCUGCCAAGGACGGCUGGAUUCAGAGCCUUCAUCGCCUCAUGGAGAAAUUUUUCAGGAAUGAGAGUCGCAGCGUGAUUAGGAUCAAGGUGCUUCACAUCCUGUCAUUUGUUUUGAGUACCAACCGUCAGCUGUACGAGGAUGAGUUGAUAGAAAUGGUAGUCAUCCCGCAGCUCAGCGGGAUAGCCGAAGACCGAGACCUCGCUGUAAGAAAACAGGCUACCCAGCUACUGGUGGACCUGGCUGAGGGCUGUAACACCCACCACUUCACUAGCCUGCUAGACAUUAUCGAGCGGGUGGCCAGUCGAUCUCUGGUGUGUUCAGGACCUGUGGAGAUCUCAGAGAGGGAGCCCACAGCAGAGUCUCCCAUGGAGGAUGUCAGGACCGCUGUACUGGGUCUACUUGAGAUUCUUCAGAGUAAACUUUACAGCCCUGUGACUAUGCCAGCCCAGGCAACUCGCGUAUACGAGUUGCUUAUCAGCCAUCUGCAGCUCCACUACAAGAACAAGUAUUGUUCUGCUGUUGCUUCUAGUAUCAGAUUACAGGUGUUUGACUUCUUUCUGAUGAUGCGAGCGGACUCUUUUCAUCGUGUCGGUGUCCCUAAUAAAGAUGGUGCCAUGAGGUUCAGCCCGUAUUGCUACUGUGACACAGGGGAGCCAGAAAAAAGAGCCAGUGAGAAAAAGCCAACAGGGUCAACAUCUCCUCCUGCUACUGGUCCUUCUCCUAAUGCUCCUCCAACGUCUGCAACCUCAACGAUACGCUCGGCCUACUUGCCUUACUCGCCUGCUUUUGGUGUUCUUCUGCAGGGUCUCAAGAUGGAGACUGAUUGGAAGGUUCUGAAACUGAUCCUGGAGAAGUUACCAUGGACACUACAGUACAAAGUCAUGCUGCUCACUUCACCUUGCAGCCUGGACCAGCUUUGUUCGACUCUGUGCUGCAUGGUGAUUUCAGAGCGUCUCAAGAAGACACCGGAGGGAUUUUCACGAACUGAUGUUCAGCUGGCAGUUGUUCCUGUCCUCACAGCAAUCACCUCCUACCACAACUAUCUGGAACAAUCAAGACAAAGAGAGCUUGUCCAGUGCCUGGAGACAGGCCUCAUUUACCGCUGUGCCAAGCAGUGUGUGGUGGCCCUUACAAUGUGUACGGUGGAGAUGCCUGACAUCAUGAUCAAGCUGCUUCCUGCUCUCAUUGUGAAGCUCACUCACAUCUCUGCAACUGUUGCCAUGGCAUCGCCGAUGCUUGAAUUUCUCUCAACUCUGGUGCGGCUACCCCACCUUUAUGCCAACUUUGUUGCAGAGCAGUAUGUUAGCGUGUUUGCUAUCUCACUGCCAUACACAAACCCGUCCAAGUUCAAUCAAUACAUUGUAUCCUUGGCCCAUCAUGUGAUUGCCAUGUGGUUUAUUCGCUGCAGAUUACCCUUCCGUAAAGACUUUGUUCAGUACAUCACAAAGGGCUUGCGUUCCAACGCCCUGCUGCCUUUUGAUGAUGGCCACGAGCAGAGUUCUUUCCGUGCCCGAAGCACCAGCCUCAACGAAAGGCCCAAGAGUCUCCGGGCAGCAAAAAUGGCGAAGGCGGCAGCGGUGGUAGCCAAUAGCAGCAGCUCUCCAGUUAAAGAGCUGAGGGACCUGUCAGCCAUGGACGCUUUCCGAUCCCGCAGCAUCAGUGUCUCCGAACAUGCGGUCCGCAGGAUGCAACCCUCCACCACCACUUGCAGCCUCGGCUCUGCCGAUGAAAACGCAGUAACUCAAGCGGAUGAAGGUCUGAAGACGGUGCACCUGGAGCUCACUGAGACAUGUUUGGACAUGAUGGCACGAUAUGUCUUUUCCAAUUUCUCAGCACUACCCAAAAGAUCUCCUAUUGCAGAGUUCCUCUUGGCGGGAGGACGCAGUAUGACCUGGCUGGUGGGAAAUAAGCUGGUCACCAUCACCACCAGCGGAGGCGUCCGCACUCAAGCGCUACUUGGCCUGGACAUGGCUGAUCGACUGGGAGGAGGGGAAAUGACCAGGUCUGAUCCAUCACUACACACCCGGAUAACUAAAGAGGCACCCGCCAAACUGGAAUCCCAGUCAAGUCAGCAACAAAGCAGAGCCACGCGCAUACGGGUCCGCUCCAUGUCAGGUGGUCACGCUCUUCGCGCUGGUCCGGCCCAAAGUCUCAGCCCUCUAGUGUCCCCCUCAGAGGGAGAGUUAGCUGCUCCACUUUCUCCAUCCUCUGCUCCUAUGCUGGAUGGCCUCAGUCCGUCGUCCUCCACCUCUGCUACUCCUUCAGCUCCCCCACCGCUCAAAGACAACCCCAGCCUGGCUGAAUUUGUCCCUAUGCUCACUCAGGGCUGGGCUGAGAUCUUCAUUCGAAGACCAUCUGGUAACACAAGCUGGUUAAUGUGCCUGGAGAACCCGCCCAGUCCCUUCUCCUCCGAGCUCGGUAACAUGCCCUUGCAGGAGCUCUCGACAAUCCUCAUGGCAAUGGAUGGAGUGAAGGAACCUCCCGCUCAGACAGCCAGCGCUCCGGCCAGCACGGCCGCUCCUGCACCAGUGGAGCCUUUCAGCAAAGCACACGGCAGCGCUGGAGGGAAGGCACACCUGAUCCAGCGCUCCAACACAGUGGGCGACUCGCUCUGGUUUCUGGGUCAGGGCAGUGCCCCCCUAGGCCCUCUGGCCCCUGGCAGGUUGCACAGGAGCAUUUCCUGGGCAGACUCAGUUGUGGUACUGGAGGAAGGGUCAGGGGUCACAAGUGCACGCACCCCAUCCGACUGGCUGGAAAGCGAGGAGUGUGAGCCCAUGCCGUCCGACCCCAUCUUCAUUUCUGCUGAUAAGAUCUCCAAAGCCCCACCUCCUGGAACGCUCAGUAGGUCCUCUUCCACCUCCAGUCAAGAUGAUGAAAAGUCCACCUUGGAGGAAGUGAGUGAGGGAGCCAUUCCCAUCGAUCAACCCACUCAGGGGCUCUCCACCCCUGGCAGCCAGGAGCUCCUCUUCCAGGGCACAAACCAGUCCCAAGGUCAUGGACUCAACAAAUCCAGCUCCUCCCCAGAGCUCCAGACUUUACCAGAAGCCUUCUCCAAAGCCGCUCUGGAAUCGGAGAAAAUGCUAGGAGAUGUGGCCCAACCGAGAGUCCUAUCAGAGGCCAAGAUCCAGCCGCCCGUUGAGAGGGAGAACGUAGGAGGAGACCUCAGUGGACUCACCAUGCCGAGUCAAGUAAUGGAAGGUUCUUCUGCAGUGCUUCCCCAAAGUGGAGGAGCAAGAAUGAAAUUAGAGUUUCCACCAUCUGGAGCGCAACCGGGGCCCAUCUCGCCCAGCGGGGGCCACAGACCUCGGGGCCACACCAUUUCGGUAUCAGCACCGUCCUCGAGGAGAGAGAGGAGAACGGAGAGAGAUUCGUACCAUAGUCGACCCGGUCCCAGCAGCACCGAGAAGACGUCUGGGCUCAGCCCGAGCUUUGUGUUCCUCCAGCUGUACCACUCGCCCUUCUUUGGCAAUGAGGCAAACAAGCCUCUGCUGCUGCCCAAAACACAGGUGAUUGAUCGUGCCGUGAAGGUUCUGGAUCAGAUGCCUCCUUACGACACUCAUAAGAUUGGAGUGAUCUUUGUCGGAGCCGGUCAGGUCAACAACGAGGUCGCCAUUCUGUCCAACGAGUACGGUUCAAAUCGUUACGCCUGCUUCCUCACCGGGCUCGGUAAAUUAAUCCACCUGAAGGACUGUGACCCCGACCAGAUCUUCCUGGGCGGGCUGGAUCAAUACGGAGACGACGGCGAGUUCACCUACUGCUGGCAUGAUGACAUCAUGCAAGCCAUCUUCCACAUCGCCACGCUGAUGCCAAACAGGGAGAGCGACAAAGGCUGCUGCAAUAAGAAGCGUCACAUUGGCAAUGAUUUUGUUAUGGUGGUGUACAACGAUUCAGGCGAGGAAUACAAACUGGGCACCAUAAAGGGCCAGUUUAACUUUGUGGAGGUGAUUAUCAAACCGCUGGAUUAUGAAUGUAACCUGGUCACCCUGCAGUGCCGGAAAGACCUGGAAGGCUUAGUGGAUACAACUGUGGCAAAAAUAGUUUCCGACCGCAACCUCCCGCUCUUGGUCCGACAGAUGGCGCUCCAUGCCAAUAUGGCAUCUUUGGUUCACCAGUCCAGAGCCAACCCGUCCGACGCCUACGCCUCAAAGUGGCUGGCACGGUUACGUCACAUAAAGAGGAUCAGGACCAGGGCCCAUGAGGAUAUUCAAUCCCGCUGCACCCCUGGGAUCUCGCUGACUCAGGGACACAGUCAAAGUAAAGGAUUUCAACCUAGCAGCAAUGCUGGUUUAAAUGCGGAGAACUCGGGCCAACGCAAACGGCUGGUGUCGACUGUGGAUGACUUCACAGAUUUCGUGUGAUGACAUCCGUACACGUGUUGAAGAUUUGGGACUGGUGUGUUCGGGGACCCUGUGUGUUUCACGCUUACAAUAAAGGCUCACUCAAUAAAGAGCGUUUCAGCAGUGAAUC